AUGUCUUCGGAGAUGCAUGCUUUAGUUUUCGGUGCCUCUGGUGUAUCAGGCUGGGGGGUGAUGAACCAGUUGCUUUCAUACCCAACUCCCACAGCAUGGACGAGCAUUGCCGGAACAACCAACCGUCCUCUGACUGCUUCGCAAGCGCUGCUACCCAACGAUCCGCGACUUUCAUUGGUGUCUGGAAUCGACCUUACAAACCCUCCAUCUGCGAUAGCCAAAUCAUUGAAAGAAAAGGUCAAACAUGUUGACAAAAUCACUCACGUGUUCUUCACUGCAUAUAUACACAUAAACGAGCGCGCCAUACAACUCCUUGAAGAAUCUAGCCAGGAUCAUGAACUGGUCAAGAGCCUGAAGACCAUGCCCGAGUACAAGACUAAGAAUUGGCAUGCACUUGUCAAGGAAACCAAUGUGAAGAUUGUCAAGAACGCAUCCGAAGCGCUCAACGAAGUUGCGCCGAGCUUGAAGCGCUUUGUGAUGCAAACUGGUGGCAAGCACUAUGGCAUGGAUUCAGGUCCAAAGCUGGUUCCUUCAUUGCUUGAUAGUCCGUAUGAAGAGUCCCGACCGCGACUAACAGGAAAAGUGGCAGAACCCAUCUUCUACUACGGACAAAUUGAUGCCGUGGCAGACAGCUGCAGGGACAGAUCAUGGACAUUCUGCGAGGUCCGACCGGAUGUGAUUGUUGGAUUUGUUCCUUCACUGGGAAGCGUGAGUGGACAGGAUGCCGCAAGGUUACUUGCAUUGUACCUCUCAUUGUAUCGCAAGGUGCAUGGUGAAGGAGCUGAGUUUCCAUUCCCUGGCUCACAAAAAAGCUGGACGAAUCGCCAUACCGAUAGCUGGCAAGACACAAUUGGGAAAUUAUCUAUCUGGGCUGCGACACAGGAUCUGCGCAACGGGGAAGCCUUCAACUGUGUGGAUAAGCCAACGACUUGGAAAGAGAAAUGGGGGCCUAUUUGUGCAUUUUUUGGUCUGAAGGGCACAGGUCCUGGGGAGAGACCAUACGACAUGAUGCAGAGCACGCAGUGGGUUCAUCAACAUAAGAAGGAAAUCGAUGAGCUCAUCAAAGAACACGGAUUGAUUGGAGAUUCGUGGACAACGGCGAAUUGGGUCUUCAUGUGGGCAAUCAUGACUGUCCUGGAUUACGACAAAGAGUACGACAUGAGAAAAGCCACUGGGCUUGGAUUCAAGGACCAGGUAGGAGGCGCUGAUGGUUGGAUAGCAACGUUCAAACGUCUGAGGGAGGCCAAGGUGAUUCCUUAG